AUGUCAUGUUCCGAUGUGGUCACUUUCUGUUUUUCCCCCACCAGAAAGUAUUUGGCUGUGGCAGAUAGUACGAAGAAGCUAUUUUUGUACAACUUUGCAGACAAUGUCUGCGUAAAAAUCGCUGACAAGGAAAUCCCACGUUGUGCUGCUUGUGUGACAUUCACUCAGGAUGAACAGUUUAUUGUCCUUGGAGAGAAGUCCGGAAAUGUGUACAAAUUAUCCAUUCCGGAUCUGACAACCGGAAUUAAUCGGCCUAGUUUGGAUCUGAUGCUUGGACACUUGUCGAUGCUGUCGGACAUUGCAGUAUCUCAUGACGGCAAACUGUUGGCAACUUGUGAUCGAGAUGAAAAAAUCCGUAUCAGUCGCUUUCAGCAGCCAUUUGUGAUCGAAGCUUUCUGCCUGGGUCACAGUUGCUUCAUCUCGCAACUAGCUUUCCUUCCUCGAUCAUACCUUCUUGUAUCCGCUGGCGGGGAUGGUUAUCUGCGACUGUGGCAGUCAGAGACUGGAACGGAACUGUCUUGUAUCCAACUAACCCUUGAUGGGGAAACGAAAACGGUCGAAGAUGAAGAGAACAGUUUAUCCGUUGUUGACCCAGUUAUUAUUCACCGGUUGUUUAUAGCAGAGACGGAUAUAUGCGUAUGCUCCUCGUCAUCACACCCCGUUGCAUUUGUUGUUCGAAUCCAUACCGGUCAGAGCAAGUUGGAUCACUGGAGUACACCAUCGCGCAUACAAACUCCAGGGAAUAGACCACUCUUGGACUCGGCUCUGUGUACAGUGGACAGCGGCAAAGAUUAUUCUCGGGUUAUAUUUAUUGGUUUGACUUCAGAAAGCACGCCUCACCUCGUGUUUUGGUCCCUCAGUUCCUCGACACAUUCCCCUGACUUAUUUGAUUGGAAAGAAUUGCAAGUUGUCGAUCCCAUCCCGGAAUCUCUACUGAAACUACCCGAUCCGAUACCACGUUUAGAGCUGCUCAGAAGCUUGGCAAAACGGGAAGCUGAUCGAUCUAUGAUUGAAACUUACGAGGAGAAUAAACGAAUCCGUCACCAAAAUGUAUCGGAUCGUCGCCUCCGGCAUCAACAGAAACGGCAAGCCAAGAAGCACCAAAAGCAGUCCGUCUCUCCCGGGCAUUGUGCCCUUGGAGUAACUUCAGAUAUUGUAUAAUAUACACUUUCAG